AUGGCACCAUCGCCGUAUCCGGCACGCCUCGUAUCCCACGCUGCAGCCGGUACAGCCGUGGUCAUCGGCGCGAGCACUGAAGCAUUGUCCUACGCUACCAUCACCGCAGCUGUACUCACAGUCGCGUUUGAUGGAAGCAAUUACACUGCCGAGGCGUCUAUGGACUUCAUCAUAGACGGUCAGACUCUGUCACCUGGCGGUGUCAUUACCGUAUCUGGGACGCCGACCUCGUAUGCUGCGGCUGGGACGGGUGCGGGAGUUGGUACGAGUACGGAAGCUGUGGGUAUUGGAGGGCUGAUUGUGAGCGGGUUUGGUAGUGUUUCGGCGAGUACGAGGGUGGUUCGGUCUACUGGCGGCGCUGUGGAGGGAGGCAAUUGGUUAGGAGUGGUUUUGGCAAUUGCGCUGGGGGUAUCACUAUUUAUGAGGAUACAGGCAUUUGAAAACUCAUAA